AUGAGACAAGAAACACAACUACACUUGGCAGGGGACUUGAUUGCUUCUGCUGUGUCGGCGACAAUAGUGACUCCUGCGGUGACCAUCAUUGACCGUGCUUUAGUCGAAAAAGCAUCAUGUAACUGGCCGAUACUGCGUGGUUUAAGAUCCCACUGCUUGGAUGCUCUUAAGCGACCAGGUCGGUUCGUCUUUUCUCGUCCUUUCGGCCUCAUCUGGACACUGUACGCAGCCACCUAUGCCGUCGCCAACGGUGCCGACACCAUCACCAAAGAAACGAUCCCUACAUCACCAGCACGGGAUCCCAUUGUUUUCGGCUCAACUUUCGCCAUCAACGUGCCACUGGGAGUGUGGAAGGAUAUGCGCUUUGCACAGCUGUUCAGCAACUGUAGCAAGGAGGCGACUGUUGCAUUGCGAAAUGUGCCUACUCGCCCGUUUUCCAGUCUCGGAACGGCCAUAUUUCUUUUACGCGAUGGUAUUACCAUCUCCGGCUCCUUCACACUACCUUCAUAUUGUGCCGGGGUUAUCCCAGACAGCCUAGCAGCAGAUCCGCACUCGAGAACAGUGAUAACACAAAUUGUCGUGCCGGUUUUGUCACAACUUAUGGCGACCCCGGUGCAUCUGCUCGGUCUGGACUUAUAUAACCGACCUAAGGUGGCUGCAGCGAGCGAGAGAGUUACACUGAUGACACGACAUCUUCCGUCAGCGACCGUUGUUCGAUGUAUUCGCAUUAUACCGGCGUUUGGAUUCGGAUGUCUGACGAACAUGGAGUUACGAGAAUAUUUCCACAGUAAAAUUAGACUAGAGCACAUUGACCAAUGA